CAUAUCGCAUUGAAUUCGUUGGAUUAACUUUGAAAUUAACGUUCGCAGCAAACAAAAGUGAAGUCAUUGUAAUAAAAUAUUAAUCUUUAUAAACUGCAAGAACAUGACUCAAAAUACGAGAUACAAAUUUCUGUGAAACCUCUUCAUUGCAAUUUAAAUGUCGUGCGUCAAACAGAACCACGUGGAGAUGCUUUAGGAUGAACAGCCGCUGGGAUUGAAGGAAGAGGCUUGAGUAUACAAGCUGCUUGCUCACUCACUGCCGUAAAAUAUUAGUACUUAGUUAAAUAUCGUUAUGGAAUCAUCUUUGGAAAGUUAUUUUGACCAGUCUAUUGCAAAUGAUGAUCUCUCAGGUGAUUCCCAUAUCUACAAUUCUAUGAUUCCCUAUGAUUCUGAUUUAAAAAUUGAUGAGCCUUGUUACCCUCCUCAACUUUUUCAACCCAAAGAACCUACUGCUGAGCUGACUUCAGCAGAUCUUAGUUUUCUCAGUGACCAAGAGGACAAUGAUGUGGAAGAGAAUACAAGUAAGGAGCCAAGUAUGCAGGAGAGCCAAAUGCUGUCAGAAACCCAGGAUAAUAAUGCUAUUGGUGCACUUGGACCUGAAGGUAACAGCGAGGAGUCAUACCAUUCAAUAAAUAAUACAGUUUCCACCCCAAUCAUCAAAGAAUCAUCAUCAUCUAUUUGUCCAAUACCAAUGACACCCAUGACUCCUGUAACACCAAUGACUCCAGUAGAAAGUUCUGGAAUAUGUCCCCAGUUACAAAAUAUUGUUUCCACUGUUAAUUUGGCCUGCAAAUUGGACCUGAAGAGAAUAGCUUUAUGUGCAAGAAAUGCUGAAUAUAAUCCAAAGCGGUUUGCUGCAGUGAUAAUGCGAAUAAGAGAGCCCAGAACGACAGCGUUAAUCUUCAGUUCAGGCAAGAUGGUUUGCACUGGAGCCAAAAGUGAAGAACAGUCUCGAUUAGCAGCUAGGAAAUAUGCACGUGUUGUUCAGAAACUCGGAUUUCCAGCGAAGUUUCUUGAUUUUAAAAUCCAAAACAUGGUUGGAAGUUGUGAUGUGAAAUUCCCCAUCAGAUUAGAAGGGUUGGUUCUCACCCACCAACAAUUCAGCAGUCACCGUGCUUUGGAUGUUCUUCAGAUCAGGAUAUUGCUUCAGAAACAUCAGAAUUCAAUGGGCAUGAGCAUCUGCUUGAAAACAAGCUAUGAACCAGAAUUGUUCCCAGGUCUCAUUUACAGGAUGGUCAAACCAAGAAUUGUUCUGCUAAUAUUUGUCUCUGGCAAGGUUGUUUUGACAGGUGCCAAAGUACGUUCAGAGAUCUAUGAAGCAUUUGAGAACAUCUAUCCAAUCUUGAAGGGCUUUAAGAAGGCUUCGUGACAUCCAUAUACAAAACUGAUAUGAUGUGGAUGAGAAUGUAUAUUUUUCUAAAAUCCCUUCCCUGGGACCACACCUAUUAUCACAAAUCACAAAAUCAUGAAGAUUUCGAUGAGGGUAGGUCUUUUUGGACUAUUCUAAUUCAUCCAACCAGAAAUGCUUGAUGUUUGCCUCAUCCUAAACUGUGGGACGUUAUCAUGCUCCACAAUUCCAUUCCAUGUGUUAAUCAUUUUGUUGGAAGAACUUCUUGGCGCUGGUCAUACAAUUACUUUUUACUAAUUUGGACUUGACCCCUAUUGUAUUCUGGUAGUCUAAUUUAACUAACUUUAUUUGCAGUAAAUUAAUACCUUUUUAGAACAAGUGCUCAGUUGCUCUUCC